AUGGCUGCUUCGGCGGCAACAGCGAGUUCCACCCCCGGUCUGUGCCCAAGUUACGCCGUAAUAUGCUCUUUCCUAGAACGAUAUGGAGCAUUGCUGGAUUUGCCGGAGCUCACCUUCCCACAGCUGGAGCGAUAUCUUCAGGACACGUCCUCAGGCCAGGUUCCAAAGCUCUUGGUGGACCUUCAUGUGAAGUUGAUGAGGAAGAUUGGAAAAUCCGUGUCAGCAGAUAGAUGGGAGAAGCAUCUUGUCAAGAUAUGCCAAGAGUUCAAUACUACAUGGGCAUGGGAGCUGGAAAAAAAUGGAUACAAGGAGAUGACAGUGGAGUGCAAGACUGGAAUUCUUAAAUAUUUGUGUGAAUGUCAGUUUGAUGAAAAUGUCAAGUUCAAAACUGCCAUCAAUGAGGAGGAUCCAGAUAAGAUGCGGCUGCAGCCAAUUGGCAGAGACAAAGAUGGACAGAUGUACUGGUUUCAAUUGGACCAAGACAACAAUGUGCGGGUCUAUGUAGAGGAACAGGAUGACUUGGAUGGCUCAACUUGGAAGUGCAUUGUCAGAGACAGAAAUGACCUGGCUGAGAUUCUAGCACUGCUGAAGACUCAAAUUGAUCCAGCACUGUUGGCUAAGAAAGAAGAACAGGAGGCCAGCUGCAAACCUGAGGAUGAAGAGAAUACAAAAGAGGAAGCUGGAGUUAAAAAAACUGAAGUUACGACAGAUGAAGAAGAUAAAGCCUUCAAAGAUGUCACUUGCUCUGUCUCACAAAAAACAGAGACUAAGGAAACGCCACCCCAGAAAGAUAUCAAGUCAGAUGUUAUUGAGGCCAAAUCAUCACUGAAUGGCAUCAACGAUAGUAAAGUUGAACCCGACCCUUCCAGCCAAUCAGAUAAGACUGUUGUGGGUGACACUGUUAUUACAAAUACCCAUACCAUCAAAGAGGAGCCAAUGGAGGCAACAGAAAUUAAAACAAGCCCAGCAGCAAGUGAACCAGAGGUCAUAUCUGAGAAAUCAUGUGUUCUCAAGGGAGAACAAGACGAGGUCAAGAGAAAAACUGCAGAGGAGCUGCAGCGGUCACUGAAGAAUGACCAGCAGGCCAAAAUUCCCUUGAAGAAAAGAGGGAUGAAACUUAGUGAGGACUUUGGAAAAACUAGUGGGGGCAGCAUUAUAGUGCAAAAUCCAUCUGUUUCCCAGGUCAAAGAACCUCCUAAAGCUGAGAAAACGUCUGAAGAGACAAAGAAAGGGCAAACUUUGGCUGAUCACAUUAACGGUGAUGCCCAGAACACAUCAGAAGGUUUCUGUGAGUCACAUAAAGCGACUGAGAUACAGAAGAACACUUUUGAUGGAAACAAGCAGCCUGCUAAAGUAAUUUUAGGUGAACGCAAAAAUGCAGAUGCCAGCGAAAAGAAGGAGUCAUCCAUGGAAGAGGAUGGAAAUAAAGGGGAAGAAAACAAAGUCAGCAAUACAGAGAAAUCAAUAGAUGUGGCCAUGUCUUGUCAAGAGGGCUUGGGGGGAAACGUUGAUGUGAAAGAAAAACAAAGCACUAUGGCUCCAGAGAGGAAUGAAAUUGCUCUCAAAUGUCCGAAGUCUCCCUCAGUUGAAAUAACAAAGCCACCGUCUUUUUCUCAAGAUAGAAAUAAUAUGCUUGUGGAGUCAUCUAAUCACAAACAGCAUGAAAAAACAAACAAAUGUAAGGCAGUUGACAUGAAAGUGACCCAUACAGAGGACACAGUGUCCUCAUCAGAAGAGACAAAUAAAUUAACUGAUGAGUCAAAGAGCAUAGGUUUAAAUCAUGAAAUCAUUUCUGACAGUUCUGAAAAAUCUGCCUCCAAAGCCAUGACUACAUCAGAUACAGAGAGGACUGAAAAAGCAAAUUUGAAAAAAGUUAUAGAAAACGUAACUGACAUUAGACCCUUUGAAACCGACAGUAAAAAAGAAAAGGAGACAUCUGAGCCACUAAAUGAGAAAAUGGACAGCAAUACACUCAAAGAGUUGCCAGGAGUCAUUACAAAACCUAAGACCCUGCCUGCUGAUGGAGCAGAUGCAGAAAAAGAUGCUAAAGACAUUCUAUCACCAUCUGUCAUUCGAAAGACAGAUAUACUAAAGCACAGCAAUGAUAGAGAGAGCCGAGUCAACCCUGAAGAGACACAAAACUCUUCAGUCAUUAAAAAGGUAGAUAAACCAUUUUUCAAUGAGCGUUCAGAAAAAACUCAUGACACUAAAGAGAAAGUGGAAUCCUCUGUUGUUAACAAGUUAGAAAAACAAAUUUCUCACAAAGAUACCCAUAAAUGUGACAGCCUCAAAAACACAGAGAUUUCUCCCUCUACAGAUGAGAAAGCUGUUUUGACAGAAGUAAAUGCCAAGACUAAAGAGGAGGAGGAGACAUCAAAUAGGGAAUACCUGGGAAAAACUGUCAACUCUCAAGAAGGAAAGUUAAAUGUUUCUGAGACAAGUCACUGUUCAUCUAAGUCUACGGAUGUUGAGAUGGGUGCCAUUAAAGAGGAUCUGACCAAGUCACGAGAGGACGACCAAGUUGAAAUAAAAACAACUUCAUUUGUGGAGACAGUGGAGGCAUCUGACACGAACUGUAAAGUGCCCUGCUCUGUCGGAAAGAAAAAUGUCUCGGAGGAAGCAUCUGACCAAACUGAGAAAGCACAAGUGGAACAGGAACAAGCGUCUAAAGAACAGCCAGAUACUAAGCAAGAAAGCUCACCCUCUCCCCGUGCAUACCAGGAAAAGGAUGCAAGUGAUGCAAAUGAAAAGGAUGCAUGCAGGAAUGAAAGCAAGAAACGGUCGUGUCAAAAAACAGAAAAGACUGGCAACUCCACAACAGAAGAAAGUUCAAAACUGGAUGAUGUAAAGGGGGAUAAUCAGAGAGAUGAAGAUGGCAAAACAUUAAAGAAGGAAACAGAGAACCCAGACCCUCUGCUUGAGAGUGAGCAACCAGACAGUGAAGCAUCUAUGGUCAAGGAGAGCAAAGAUGAGGAGGGCUGUUCUGUAACAAAAGAGAAGGAUGCAGAUGAUGGAGACGACCCAUCUGGGAGUCGGGAGGGAGCGUGUUUGAAUAUAAAGGCCCAGACGCACCGAAGAAAGAAUGAACUCCAGAGAGAGGAUAGGCAAGGGGAUUCAGAGUCUGACACAAAUGCUGGAAGAUCUCUCAGAAGGUCACCAAGGAUCUCUAGACCCACUCCAAAGGCCGUGGAGAUUCAGGACAGAAAGCUCGAGAAGUUGCAGGCUUCAGCACCUGCCGAGAAGCGCGAGGAUGACAAGAAAGAAGAGGAGUCAGAGGAAGAGGUGAAAACUGUUCAAAAGAAACCAAGAGAAAAAAAGGUUGAUCAGGAGGCCCAGUCUAAAUCUAAGGUGAGAAAGCGGCGGAAGAUGAGGUGGUCCAAUACUCGAACUCGGCGUAGAAAGAAAGGCUCCGAAGAUGAUGACGACAACAGUGAGGAGGAUUCCAGUGAAGAGGAAGAGAGUGAGGAAGAAGACGAUAGUGAUGAGGACUACAAAGUUGAAAGAAGCAGGAAGAGAAGGAAUCAUAACAGGGAAAGACGCAGCUCUGAUUCUUCCACUUCCUCUGACGACGACCUACCUCCAAACGAUGACCCCUGCAAACAUUGUGGCCUCCCCAAUCACCCUGAGCUGAUUUUACUGUGUGAUUCAUGUGACAGUGGUUACCACACAGCCUGCCUGAGACCUCCUCUCAUGAUCAUCCCUGAUGGAGAAUGGUUCUGUCCACCCUGUCAACAUAAACAGCUCUGUGACAAACUGGAAGAGCAGCUUCAGAACCUUGACACUGCAUUGAAAAAGAGAGAACGUGCUGAGAGAAGGAAAGAACGGCUUGUCUAUGUUGGAAUCAGUGUCGAAAACAUCAUCACACCUUCUGUGAAGGAGGAUGAAAAGGAGGCGCCCAUAAUAAAAGAAAAGAAAGAAGUGAAGCGAAGCAAGAGCUGGGGUCGAAGAUCCACAAGGGCUAAGAAGACCAUCAGCUACAGAUUUGAUGAGUUUGAUGAGGCCAUUGAAGAGGCUAUUGAAGAAGACAUCAAAGAAGCUGAGGGUGGAGGUGCUGGUCGGGGUAAAGACAUGGCCAACAUUACAGGUCACAGAGGAAAGGACAUUUCUGCCAUUCUUCAAGGGGAGGAGGGCAAAGAGAAUGGCCGCCCGCCACGAUCCUCCAGUGGUCAACGCAGGAAAAAGCGCAGGCGUCUCAACGACCUCGACAGUGACAGUACUGUAGAUGAGGAGGAGAGCGAGGAGGAAUUUCGACUCACUGACAGCUCGGAGGAGGACUUUGUGGCAUCUGACAAUGAGGCAGAGAGUGGAUCAGAGGCAAACUCUAAUGACAGUGAUUUUGGGAGCACUGGCAGCGGUGCAAAACGCACCACCUCGCGCUCCAGGAGACGGCCCAAACGUAGAAGAAGUUCUCGACAGCGCCGCAGACCUAGGGGGUACUCAGACGAUGAAGAGGAAGAAACUGAUGAGGAAGAUGAAGAGGACGAAAUGGUGACGGAAGGUUCUAGCGAGUUUAGCGACAGUGACCUGGAUAUGAGUAGACGGCGGUCUCGCAGAAGUCAAAAGAAGCAGGUGAAUUACUGUGAGACAUCAGAGUCUGAGGGCUCCAGGGCCGGCACCAACCGUGACAAGCGCAAAUCCAUACACUGCCUGGCCAGCUCAGAUAGCGACGCGAGUUUCUCUAGAGACUCUGAGGAAGAGACAAGGGAACGGAAGGUGAAGAGGAGAGCAGACUCCUCUGAAGAAGAUUCCCGGCAGCGGUGUAGACUGCUCUCGCUGAAACGGCGAAGAGCCUCUGAAGAGGAUGACGAUGACGAUUCUGAUGAAUCUGAGGAAGAGGACCGUCCCAUCCGCAAGCGUGUGAACCGCAUCGACUCGGAUGACGAUGAUGAGGAGGAGGAAGAGAAGGACAAGAAAAGUGCAGCUGAAAAGGCUGACGAGGAAGGUGGAGCACUUACUAAGGGUACAAGCCCUUUGGACUAUAGUCUGGUGGAGCUUCCUCCCACCAAUGGACAGAGCCCCAUGAAAAGCCUAGAGGGCUUCAUGAAUCGACCCAGCGCAGGUGCAUCAGGCCUCAUAACUCACCUUGAACCCAAAAACAUCAGUGCCACACCGGUAGCUCCCAUAGCACCCAAUGGCCUGGUCUCCCAAGAAAUGCCAUCACAGGACGAUGAUGAGGAUGAUCUGUUAGGAGUCACAGACCUAGUGGACUAUGUCUGCAAUAAUGAACAAUUGUAAAAGAAAAGUUUAACUCUUUUUUUGUGGUAUUGUAUUUUUAUAUUGCAUAACUUUAUUAUUCCCCCACCAACACUCCUGUCCUCCUUAUUUGUGUCAUCUGGAGCCUUGUUCUCAACCAUUUCAUCAACAGUUUGCCUCCACCAGUCUAUUUCUCCCUGCAAAGUCCAGUGAACUAGGGCUCUAAUAAUCAAGUCCCAUUUGUCUCACUCAACCUAGUGCUGUGUUUUCUUACCAGUAGUCUUACAUUGCAAUCCAAUAAUGAUUUGAUAAAUUCUCCCAGCUCACCGAGCUCCGCCAUCAAAAAGCUCACCAUUCUACCAAUAAGAGCCAGUCAUCUCUACUGUCCUGUUGACUUUUUUUUUUUAUCCCCAGUUGUAUCCGGCCAAUUACCCCACUGUUCCGAGCCGUCUCAGUCACUGCUGCUGAGGCAAAUUUGUAAUAUAGGGCUAUACAAAUAAAAUUGACUUGACUUGACUGCGC